AUGGACCAGCAGGCCCAGUCCUAUAUGCUUGCCAGUCUGACGCGGCCCCACUCUGAGCAGCUGCUGCAAGGCCUCCAGCUGUUGCGGCAGGACCAUGAGCUGUGCGACAUUGUGCUGCGAGUGGGUGAUGCUAAGAUCCAUGCCCACAAAGUGGUGCUGGCGAGCAUCAGCCCCUACUUCAAGGCCAUGUUCACGGGAAAUCUGUCAGAGAAGGAGACCUCCGAGGUGGAGUUCCAGUGCGUUGACGAGGCUGCGCUACAAGUAAGGGUCAAUGAAACUGUCAGCAUUUUGAAGAUUUCACUGUGUUUACUAAAAGGCACACCUUUUCUGGCUUUUUCAUAUCAUGAUUCUUUUAUUUUUCCCUCCUGUAGGCCAUUGUUGAGUAUGCCUACACUGGCACAGUAUUCAUCUCACAGGAAACUGUGGAGUCCCUACUGCCAGCUGCUAACCUGCUCCAGGUCAAGCUGGUGCUGAAGGAGUGUUGCUCUUUCCUAGAGAGCCAGCUAGAUGCUGGGAACUGUAUAGGCAUCUCCCGCUUCGCUGAGACCUAUGGCUGCCAUGAUCUCUGCCUGGCUGCCACUAAAUUCAUCUGCCAGAAUUUUGAAGAGGUGUGCCAGACAGAGGAGUUUUUUGAGCUGACACGUGCAGAGCUGGAUGAAAUAGUGUCAAACGACUGUCUGAAGGUGGUAACAGAGGAGACUGUGUUCUACGCCCUGGAGUCGUGGAUCAAGUACGAUGUGACUGAGCGGCAGCAGUACCUGGCUCAGCUACUGCACUGCGUCCGCCUGCCUCUCCUCAGCGUUAAGUUCCUCACCCGCCUCUACGAGGCCAACCACCUUAUCCGGGAUGACCACGCCUGCAAGCACCUGCUCAACGAGGCCCUCAAAUACCAUUUCAUGCCUGAGCACCGGCUCUCUUACCAGACGGUGUUGUCUACACGGUCACGCUGUGCUCCCAAGGUGCUACUUGCUGUGGGAGGCAAGGCUGGACUCUUUGCCACCCUCGAGAGGUAAUACUGAACCCCAAACAGUAGUUCAAAACUUUUUUUUGCACAUGUUUCAUGUGAAUUGGAAAUACAUUUAAGAAAUGUAACAAAUGUUCUAAUUUCUUUCUCUUGUAGCAUGGAGAUGUACUUCCCUCAGACGGACUCAUGGAUUGGGCUUGCCCCUCUUAGUGUGCCCCGCUAUGAGUUUGGAGUGGCAGUGUUGGACCAGAAGGUGUAUGUGGUGGGUGGCAUCGCCACACACAUGCGACAGGGCAUUAGCUACCGGAGACAUGAGAGCACAGUGGAGAGAUGGGACCCUGACAGCAACACCUGGUCCACAGUGGAGCGCAUGGCAGAGUGUCGCAGCACCCUGGGGGUGGUGGUCUUGGCUGGGGAGCUCUAUGCCCUAGGGGGCUACGAUGGCCAGUAUUACCUACAGUCUGUGGAAAAAUAUGUCCCCAAGGUGAAGGAGUGGCAGCCUGUGGCACCCAUGACCAAGUCACGCAGCUGCUUUGCCACCGCUGUGCUGGAUGGCAUGGUUUAUGCCAUCGGGGGCUAUGGGCCAGCCCAUAUGAACAGGUAUGUUUUAAUGUAGUCAAUCUGCGGUGGAAUUAUUAGAUUUUUAACAGGCAGUUUUGCUCAUGUGGUUCCUAUAUUGUUUUGAAAUACUAGGCCUACUUGAAAAGCUGCCGUCAACUUCCAUUUGUUCCUGCACAUGACAAUUCUCACAUCAGAAAGGUUAUUUAUGGUAGACCCCACAAUACCUUUUAAGGGCUUUGAUUCAUCCAUGGAAAGGGUUUCUGUCCCCCUUUCAAUCAUGAGAGAGAGAAAAAAAUAUAUUUUUAAUUUCUUCAACUCUUUUUACUGUGCAGUGUGGAGCGGUAUGACCCCAGCAAGGAUGCCUGGGAAAUGGUAGCUCCCAUGGCAGACAAACGGAUCAACUUUGGUGUUGGGGUCAUGCUAGGGUUCAUAUUUGUGGUUGGGGGACACAACGGGGUAUCACACCUGUCCAGCAUUGAGAGGUAUGACCCACACCAGAACCACUGGACAGCCUGUCGGCCCAUGAAUGAACCACGCACAGGUGAGUUGGGAAAUUACUCAAACAAGGUUUGUUAUUUUGAUGCAGGGAAGUUGACCAUUCAGAUUGCAUGGCCAGAAAUAACCAUUUUAUAAUAUCGAUGUUUUUCCAGGGGUUGGCUCAGCGAUCGUGGACAACUACCUCUAUGUGGUGGGGGGUCACUCGGGGUCAUCCUACCUGAACACUGUCCAGCGGUACAACCCCAUCACAGACAGCUGGCUGGACUCUAGCGGCAUGAUGUACUGCCGCUGUAACUUUGGCCUGACUGCUCUUUGACCAAAGGCACCCCUGGGUAGGACUCCUUAAGAGAAGAGUUGGACGAAAGGCUUUUCUUUUUUUUGUCGUUUCCCCCAUUCAUCGCCAGCGGGCUGAGGAGGGCGCGACACUGCCGUGGAUCCCGGCAAGCGAGCUUGCUGCUGGAUGAAUGUGCCCGGCUGGCGACAGGGGACCACAGAGAUGGCCAGAGUGAGAAGGGUCGGGUCUGGGUGGAGGAGAGGAGCGGGGCAGAUCACCAUGGAUCUUGUCAAGAAGAUGACCACUACUGCUGCUGGACCACAACGAGGACUCUGCCAUUUUACAGAGGACUGUGGGAGAAAACUAACUUAAUUUUUUUGUCGUAUACUUUUUUAUGUUUAAGCCAUUAUUUCUGUUUCACACUCCAGACUUUUCUUUUCCCUGCUAUGAGAAGAACAUGUUCCAAUUUUCUGGAUCCUUAAAGUUUGUGUGUGCGUGUGGCGCAGUGUCUGUAUGUUUGUGAGUAGAUGCAUGUCAGAUUAAAUGAUUGUUAUUUUGUGUCUCUUUGUGCAGGACUAAAGCUCAGGCAAGGUGAUUGGCUCACACACAGAGUUUGAAACGUCUGCAUCUAAAUCAGUGCUUCACAAAGAGAAAUUGGAAUCUUUAUAUAUUCACUUAAAAAGGGCUGCCUUUUCUCUCUGUAAAUAGUUUAAAUUAAAAUAAAUAUAUAGAUAUGAAUAUAUCCUCUAGUGCAUUGCCUGUAAAUGUUUUCUGCAUUGGGUUAAUAGUUGUGUGUGUGAAUAAGGCUGAAUCAAGGGUUGAAGGAGAGGUUAGGAAGGAUAAGCAAACCCCAAUGAAUUCUCCUGAGAGUACCUGCCACCUGUCUGUUUCAUCCUUGGAGCAAUUCAGAGAUCCCUAUGUUACAGCUUCUAUUACAUCUUCCUGUGGUAGGGUCACACUUCAUCCCUCUUCAUAAGCAUUCAAAAGUGACCGUCUCUCUUUUCACUGCUGGGUUUGUAAACUGCUAACUGGUGCUAUAGUCAGGAUUCUGCUUUUUUUUUUUGCCUCAUGGUAUGAGGUUUAUUUUAUUUGUUCCUCUGUUAUUGUUGUAGAUGUUGGUUGUAUACUUACAAUAUGUGCAUCAAAAUGCCCAAACUUGACAAGCCCCCAUGCAAUAAAACAGUGUCUUUACUUUGAGCCCCACGUUAAAUUGGACUCUUUAGGCACAGUCUAUCUGAUGCUUUCACUCUACAGCCACAGGGAUGCCAUCUGUUUAGCUAUGGUUUGCCUGAAACAUUGUCCCUGCAUUAAAAAGUAGUGGAUCUGGCUAUAUGGCCGCCCACUAUCACUGCCAGUUUCCUCACAAAGAAAGUCUGUGAGAUUGUUGUGCUCUAAUGGGUUAAGAACAAGCCU